AUGUCUUCCCUGCCACCUAUUGCUAUUCCUGGGCAACGCCUAGCCCCUGUAUCCGCAUAUACCGCCGGUCCCGGAACACACAUCCAACAAUCCUUCAUCCAUGCCUCUAUCGGCGGACCUGUGAUUGCAGAUCCUGCCCAGCCAAAGACGCAGACAAAACCCAACCUCCGAGUCUCUAGAGUGAUUCCCACCCAUGAACAAGCCGGAAACCCCGCAGCUGGCCCCAACGCCGCAUCGGCCACAAAGUCCAAGCCUCGCUACAAUACCCUACCUGCGGUUGAGUCGAUCGUCCUCGCACGAGUCACUCGAGUGCAGAAGCGCCAAGCCACAGUAUCUAUUCUUGUUGUGUUGGAUGAGUCGGAACCUCAGGCACAAGACCCAUCACGAGCUGCCUCGGACAAUGACAACGUUGCUGCCAUCCUCACCUCCGCCGCCAACCCAGAGAACCACUCGGGCACCGACGAGCUGCGCUUCCAGGCGCUGAUCCGCAAGGAGGACGUGCGUGCUGUUGAAAAGGACCGUGUCGUUAUGGAAGAGAUGUUCCGCGUCGGCGAUAUUGUGCGUGGUUCGGUUAUCUCGCUUGGCGAUCAGAGUUUCUACUACAUCACUACUGCCCGAAAUGACCUCGGUGUCGUCAUGGCUCGUAGCGAUGCGGGCAAUAUGAUGUUCCCGGUCAGCUGGAAGGAGAUGAGGGACCCGGUUACUGGAACUGGCGAACCGAGAAAGGUUGCUAGGCCUUUCUGA